AUACAGUCAGUCAGCAAGAAAUGCUGGUGGUUGGAUUCAAGGAGUCACACUGGAACAAACGAUUACUAGAAGAAGCUGGGGUCAUCUUCUCACAAUUCGAGGCUCAGGGAGGCGAGAAAGGAGAGCGCCAUGACGCCGUCGAGUAUCCAACUUCUUUUGGUCACCAGAUUGGAACUGCGCUUGUUUUUUCUGCAAUUGUUGAUGCCAUCUUCUGGCAGCUUGAAGAAGAUCCUAUAUCAGGGUUCAAGGACAGGUGUGGAGUCAUUUUUUUCCUCAUCAUCGUCCAGCUGUUCUUCAACCUGACAGCGCUAGAAGUGUUCAUUAAAGAAAGAAAAAUUUUUAUGCAUGAGAACGUCAGCGGGUUCUACAGAGUGUCUGUCUACUUCCUGGUGAAGAUUAUCUUUGACAUUCUACCCUUGAGGACAUUGCCUAUAAUAGUUAUGUCUGCAGCGAUCUACUUCGCAGUAGGUCUAAAUCCCGGAAUGGACCACUUCUUCAUGUUCAUGUUUUCCUUAAUCUGCACCACGCUGGCAGCGGCUGGGAUGUCCUUCUUGAUCAGUUCAACGGUUCAUGUGUUCGCUGUCGCCCAGUUGUUGCUGACCAUUCUCUACACAUUUAUGAUGCUUUUUGGAGGUUUCCUGAUCAGCUUGGAUUCUAUAGGCCCCUGGCUGAACUGGAUUCAACACAUAAACCUGUUCAAAUAUUCGUUAACAGCACUUUACAUCAACGAGUUCAAAGAUCGAAACUUUUGCAUGAACAACGGGACUCUAUGCAAAUCUGGCAACUCUUUCCUGAUGGAGAAUGAGAUGAACUACAAGGAGCCGUGGGACCUGUGGCUCAACCACAUGGCUCUACUCAUCAACGCUGUCGUCAUGAUGGUGGCCACUUAUGUGCAGCUGCGGAGGAUGAAGAAGACAACCUAG